CACUUUUAUUCUGCUGCGAUCUUCACCAUGGCCGACACACUGCGCUACUGUACAAGUGAGGGAGAUGGACGUGGCACGGCAAUCGUGACCAGAGUCGAGCCCACAUGGGACGACGAUGUCGCUGCUCUGUUCAGUAGACCAUACUGGACUUCCAACCCUGAACAGACCGGAUCCCACUGGAUAUCGAUCAUGCGGGAAUACAGCCCCUCAGCACCUGCGCAUCUAUCGCUUGACUUUGAAAACAGAGCCUCGGUUGAGAGCAACAUUGUUACAAUCUACCAACACUUGCGCUCAAGGUCCAUGCCCAUCACGAAGGAUAAUACACAUUAUUGGCCGCUUGAGGCAUUGGAGACGUUGCGAACCUGGGCAAACCAAGGGUUUCGACAGACUUCUGCAGAGCCAUUGCAUUUCCGAGAGGUCAUACCUGCACCACAGCAGCUUGAUAUGACAGACGAGACGAGGGUGCGAAAGGAUAUUCGCUCCCUAACACCUGGCGAAUUGCAGCUCUACCGGGAAAAGCUGGACGAUGUGCUUGGGGUUGGGCGCCUCGAGUCCCACUGGCAAGAGCUCGGCAUUUUGCAUGCGGAAUGGUGUUUGCACUACCAGGAAGCAUUCAUAUUUUGGCACCGAGCAUAUCUGCGCUACGUUGAGGAGCUGAUCGACUUCCCAAUUCCUUACUGGAACGGCUUCUCCGCUGAUUCCAGCGAUCCAACGUCUCCCUCCGCCGGUAUACCCUCUAUAUUCUUGGAAGAAACUUAUCUGCAUUCCAGUGGCGAGGUGCGUAGAAACCCGCUGAAGUACGCAUUGUCUCUCGACGGACAAAACAAAGCCGGCACAGGCAGAUAUGUUUCACGCUUCCCUGAACUUGAAGAGGGGCGUGCGAACCCUGAAUGGCACAAAAAGGUGCAUCUCUUCGACCUGUACCAUCGGCAGAUUGCGGAAGCGUUCUCACGGAAGAAUUUCUCUCUGUCCGAAGGCCACGGAUACCCAUGGGCGAAUGUGCCGGACUUCUCGGACGAUCAGCCGGAUGGAUUGUAUCCGGCGUCUGCACGGCAGUAUUUCGAUGGCCUGUUCGAACAAGUACACGACAACUACCACGGUUGGAUUGGUCACGACAUGGCUGAUAAUUCUUACACCGCGUUUGAUCCUAUUUUCCUGAGUUAUCACUGCAACAUGGACCGCAUUGCAGAUUCGUAUCUUCGACAAGAUCCUGACCGAUCCUUCUCCUCGAAUUUCCCUCUCCGUCCCUUUGUGGACGGAGCUACUCGUGUAGCAUACGAGGACCCGCGUGCAUGGAGAUACGUUACCAUAGGUGACAUGGCUAAAGUGACAGUGGCGAAUCGAUUUUGCUAUGCACAGCCAGCAGUGCCAGACUACUUGUCUCUUCACCGAACCUUGCUCUCCAACGCUAGUCGCCCGUCCGGUGGAACGUCGCUUGCCCAAGAUUUCACAAGCCUAUCAACGGCACACACUGGCGGCAAGAGUGAGAGACAAGGCGUACCAGUCAAGAGAGAUUUGGUUCCGUACAUCGUGUUCACUGGGAUAGCGUGUUUAAAAGAUUCGUUCCAGAUCGAUGUUUUUCUAGACGGGUGUGACAAUUCUACUCCUGAUCCGGUAGAAAAUCCCUUUUAUAUAGGACGGAUCACUAGACUUGGUAUGGGGAACGGAAGGGGUGGUGCGGUCGGACUGCGCAACGCCCAGAGAUGCGAUAAGAAAGCCAUCUCACGUGUGCUGAGUGCCGCACACGUUAGAGAGAAGCUAGCUAAAGGUGUGGCUAUUUUUCAGACUGUUACUGAGCUACACACAGGUCGGAUAGCAGAGGAGCACGAGUGGGAAAAGUGGCCUGGCUUUCAUGGUGAGCUCACAUGGAUGGAGGACUUUGAUGUGAUACCUUAGGCUUGUAUUGUCAGGUCCCAUCUCAUGUUGCUUGGGAUGGAAGGGCAACAUAUACUGUACCGAGCGAGGACUCACUAUUGUGUGAGUUGUGAUACUUUUUGGGCUUGCUAGCUCCGUGGC